GAGCCCGGCGGAGGAGCCUUGCCGGAUCCCGGGCGCAGCUUCCCCGAGAGGCGGCGGGGACGGGCGUGGACGCUGCGGGGCUGCGGAAGGGUCGCCCCCAAAGGAGAUGAUCCGGAGCAGAGCGGGGCCCCGCGAAAGGGGGGCGCCUGGACGGAGACGCAGCAGGCCGGAAGACGUGGACGAAAGUGGCGGGAAAUCCUUCGCCACAAACGGAAUUCUCAAGCGUCACCAAAGAAUCCAUGCGGGAGAGAAACCCUACAAAUGCCUGGAGUGUGGAAGGAGCUUUGCUGCGCCUGGAAAUCUCCGUCGACAUCAUAGAGUUCACACAGGAGAAAAACCAUAUCAAUGCCUGGAAUGUGGAAAAAGUUUCAGAGAGAAGGGAAGCCUUGAUCUGCAUCAGAGAAUCCAUUCAGAAGAGAAACCCUAUAAAUGCCUGGAGUGUGGAAGGAGCUUUGCUGAGAAUCAAUACCUCCUUCGACAUCAGAGAAUUCACACAGGUGAAAAACCAUAUCAGUGCCUGGAGUGUGGAAAAAGUUUCAGCCGGAAGGGAAGCCUUAAUGUCCAUCGAAGAAUCCAUUCAGGAGAGAAACUCUAUAAAUGCCUGGAGUGUGGAAAGAGCUUUUGUGAGAGUGGAAGCCUUAAUGUACAUCAAAGAAUCCAUUCAGGAGAGAAGCCCUAUAAAUGCAUGGAAUGUGGAAAAAGUUUCAGACAGAAGGGAAGCCUUGAUCUGCAUCAAAGAAUCCAUUCAGGAGAGAAACCCUAUAAAUGCCUGGAGUGUGGAAGGAGCUUUGCUCGGAAUCAAUACCUCCUUCGACAUCAGAGAAUUCACACAGGUGAAAAACCGUAUCAAUGCCUGGAGUGUGGAAAAUCCUUCACCACCAAUGGAACUCUCAAGCAUCACCAAAUAAUCCAUUCGGGAGAGAAACCCUACAAAUGCCUGGAGUGUGGAAGGAGCUUUGCUGGGAAUCAAUACCUCCUUCGACAUCAGAGAAUUCACACAGGUGAAAAACCGUAUCAAUGCCUGGAGUGUGGAAAAUCCUUCACCACCAAUGGAACUCUCAAGCAUCACCAAAGUAUCCAUUCGGGAGAGAAACCCUACAAAUGCCUGGAGUGUGGAAGGAGCUUCAGUGAGAGGGGAACCCUUUCUAGACAUCAAAGAGUCCAUUCAGGAGAGAAACCCUAUAAAUGCUUGGAGUGUGGACAGACCUUCAGUCAUGGGGGAAACCUUUUAAGACAUCAAAGAAUCCAUUCAGGAGUAAAAUCCUAUAAAUGCCUGGAGUGUGGAAAGAGCUUUUCUGAUGGUGGACAACUCCAUCGACAUCAGACAAUUCACACAGAUGAAAAACCAUUUAAAUGCCUGGAGUGUGGAAAGAGCUUCAGUCGGAGGGAAAGGCUUAAUGUACAUCAAAGAAUUCACACAGGUGAAAAACCCUAUAAAUGCCUGGAGUGCGGAAAGAGUUUUAGGGAGAGGGAAUCCCUUCGUAUGCAUCAAAAAAUUCACACAGAUGAAAAACCCUAUAAAUGCCUGGAGUGUGGAAAGAGCUUCCUUCACAAGGGACAACUUAAUGUACAUCAGAGAAUUCACACAGGUGAAAAACCCUAUAAAUGCCUGGAGUGUGGAAGGAGCUUCAAUCAGUGUGGAAGCCUUUAUAUACAUCGAAGAAUUCACAUUAUUGAAAAACCCUAUAAAUGCCUGGAGUGUGGAAAGAGCUUCAGUGAGAGGGGAAGCCUUUAUAUACAUCGAAGAAUUCACACAGAUGAAAAACCCUAUAAAUGCCUGGAUUGUGCAAAGACUUUCAGCCUGAGGGAAAGCCUUUCUAGACAUCAAAGAAUCCAUUCAGGAGAGAAACCCUAUAAAUGCCUGGAGUGUGGGAAGAGCUUCAGUCAGUGUGGAAGCCUUAAUGUACAUAAAAGAAUUCACACAGGUGAAAAACCGUAUAAAUGCCUGGAGUGUGGAAAGAGCUUCCUUCUUGGCGGAAACCUCCAUCAACAUCAAAGAAUUCACACAGGUGAAAAACCCUAUAAAUGCCUGGAGUGUGGAAGGAGCUUCAGUGAGAGGGAAAGUCUUUCUAGACAUCAAAGAAUCCAUUCAGGAGAGAAACCCUAUAAAUGCCUGGAGUGUGGAAGGAGCUUCAGUCUGAGGGGAAACCUUUAUAGACAUCAAAGAAUUCACAUUGUUGAAAAACCCUAUAAAUGCCUGGAGUGUGGAAAGAGCUUUUCUGAAGAUGGAUCCCUCCAUCGACAUCAGAGAAUUCACACAGGUGCAAAACCCUAUAAAUGCCUGGAGUGUGGAAAAAGCUUCAGUCGGAGAGGAAGCCUUAAUGUACAUCAAAGAAUUCACACAGGUGAAAAACCCUAUAAAUGCCUGGAGUGUGGAAGGAGCUUUGCUGGGAAUCAAUACCUCCUUCGACAUCAGAAAAUUCACACAGGUGAAAAACCAUGUAAAUGCCUGGAGUGUGGAAAAAGCUUUAGUCGGAGGGGAAGCCUUUAUACACAUCAAAUAAUCCAUUCAGGAAAAAAGCCAUAUAAAUGCCUGAAGUGUGGAAGGGGCUUCAGUAGUAGGGGAAGCCUUUCUAAACAUCAAAGCAUCCAUUCAGGAGAGAAACCCUAUAAAUGCUUGGAGUGUGGACAGACCUUCAGUCAGAGGGGAAACCUUUCUAAACAUCAAAGAAUUCACACAGGUGAAAAAUCCUAUAAAUGCCUGGAGUGUGCAAAGGGCUUUCCUGAAGGUGGACACCUUUGUCGACAUGAAAGAAUUCACACAGAUGAAAAGCGAUAUGAAUGCCUGGAGUGUGGAAAAAGCUUCAGUCGGAGGGAAAGGCUUAACGUACAUCAAAGAAUUCACACAGGUGAAAAACCGUAUAAAUGCCUGGAGUGUGGACAGAGCUUCAGUCAGAGGGGAAGCCUUUAUAGACAUCAAAGAAUCCAUUCAGGAAAGAAACCCUAUAAAUGCCUGGAGUGUGGAGAGAGGUUUACUGAGGGUGGAGAUUUCCAUCAGCAUCAGAGAAUCCACAUGGGACAGAAGACAGUAUAAAUGGAUACAGCGUGGCUAAAGUGCUUCAGUAACCAGCAAAAUCAGGGCAACCCUGGAUGAAAUGCGCAAGGGUUUUUCAAGGGCUAAGAAACUCAACAACUGUUUAUGCACAGACACUAAUUACAAUCCAGUAAGGCACAGAUGUGGAUACUUUCCCUUUAUUCAAACAUUCAAGGAUCUUAUUCAAGGAAUUAAGGCAAUUUAUAUACCACAAAAGGGAAAUACCAUUGUGAAUGAUGAAUUAAGUGAACCAUGUCUGAUACAAAAAGGAACAAGACAAGGGUGUCCUCUAUCACCUUCGUUAUUUAUCUUCGUAUUGGAAGUUUUAAACAGAGGGAUUAGAAGUGAUGAACAAAUAAAGGGACUAAAAAUUAAACCAGAGGAAUUCAAAUUAAGAGGCUUUGCUGCUGAUUUAGUUUUAAUAUUACAGGAUCCCCUGGGAACUGCAGAACAUCUGAUGAAGAAACUGAAGGAAUUUGCGUCCUUGGCGGGUCUUAAAGUAAAUAAAAAACGAAAAUUUUAACUAAAAAUAAGACCCUGUCCAAUCAAGACUUAUUGAUGGGUAAGACGGGAUUUCAGAUCGAAAAGAAGGUCAGAUAUCGGGGUAAUUUUGUCAAUUAAAAUAGUAUGUUAUUCCAAAAUAAUUAUGUUAAAAUCUGGAAUGACGUGCAAAAAGAUUUGGUAAGAUUGUAGUUGUCUUUCAUGGGAAGAAUUAUCUGUGAUUAAGAUGAAUGUUUUGCCUAGGAUGUUGUUUCUUUUCCAGGCUUUACCAAUUUUGUCAACAGAUUCACCAUUUCAAGAAUGGCAGGGAGAUAUUUCUAAACUCGUUUGGCAAGGCAAGAAACCAAGAAUCAAAUAUAAACUGUUUCAAGAUGCCAAAGAAGGAGGCAGUUUGGGCCUGCCUAAUUUGAAAUUGUACUUUGAUGCCUGUUGUUUGCUUUGGAUGAAGGAAUGGAUUACCUUGGAGAACAAGAAACUACUACAUCUUGAAGUACAGGAAUUAAGAUUUGGAUUGCAUGCCUAUUUAUGGGUGAAGGUACCUUUUACCAUCUUUGGUGGGCCUGUGAGAAGGCUAAAAAGUUCGGGGAUCAAGUAUGUAUUACUGUUCAAAAGAUUCUUAAAGUAAAUAUACAAAGAAAACCAGAACUUUUUCUUUUGGGAUUGAUGGAAAAGGAAUUAGAGAAACAACACGGAGUGUUGCUGUUAUACGUAAUCACAGCUGCAAGAUUGUUAUAUGCACAACGAUGCAAAGAUCCACAAAUACCUACGGUUGAAGAUUGGAUUGUUAAACUGAUGGACUUGGCUCAGAUGGCUAAAUUACCAGCUUUAAUAAGAGAUCAUUCUGUUUCUGUAUCUAUAUCAAUUUGGCAACCCCUUUUGGACUACUUGCUUGUAAUAGAAAAAAAUGAAGUUUUCAUUUUGGGUUUUAGGGAUUCAGUGGUUUGCUUUAAUACAAAUAAUGUUAAGAUAGGUUAAUUCAUUGUAAGGUUAGAUUUGUAAAUGUAUAUCUGUAUCGGAGAAAGUUGGAAUUCACUUUCCUUUUCUGUU